CAUGUUUGCCCGAGAAAGCGAUGCGGUAUGCCCCCGCGGUUAGGGCGUGCAGUUCCUCGUGUUUCGUGGGCUCUCGUGGCAUUUUUUUAUCCUCACAUUAAUAUAACUCGAUAAAUAUAAAUAACUAACAUUAAAUAAACUCUCGUUGUUACUGUGGACUAAAUAUAUUAAUAUUAAUUCAAAAUAUUAAUAUCCUUAAUACAGUGGAUAAAUAAUAGUUAUAAUAAUAAUCAUAACAAUAACAACAACAAUAAGUGAGUAUCAAAUCAAAUAGUGACGACAUUGUGUGUGAUUCCGCGCAUUGGUGUGGUGCGAGGGAAGUUCGUCGGACCGUGUCGGCGACGCGGUAUACCAGAGGUGAAUGCACGACGAGAGAGCCCCCAAGUGUGUAUUAAAUAUUAUAUAUACAUUAAAUAGUCUCUCUAUAUAUGUAUAUAUGUAUUUAUAUAAAUAUAUACACAUACAUAUAUACAACAUAUAUUUAUAUACAAAAAUAUGUGCAUAUGUACGUAGCGCAAUAACAGCAACCAAGCAACAGCAGUAAGUGCAGCAAAGAAAACCCGCCAAACACGUCUUGGAAAAUAUAUUCAUUAUUAUUUAUAUUUAUAUUUGUGUAUAUAAUAAUUGCAUUUAAAUCCUCGUGUUGAUUUUAAAUUUGAGGCUUGAUCGUGUUGACUAAAGAGAACACUCCAAUUUUGUUUUAUUUUUAUAAACGAGGCUAAGGAAUAGUUGUUAUAUAUAUUGAGGUGCGCAUAUAUAUAUAUAUGUAUAUAUAUAUAUGAAAAUAUUGAAGAAAAAGUGAGUGAUAAUUGUUAGUUAAAUAAAGAACAAGUUUUUUUGAAUAAUAAUAUUACGAUUGUAUGGUUUUGUUGUUAUUUUGCCGCGGUGCUUUUGACCCUUUGGCGGGCGAGUUCAAUGCAGCACCGCCGCGGGGGUGUAAGGUGACUUGGUGCGUAGCGACUCGAAUUAUCCUCAUCUUUAUGAUCUUAUCAAGGCUUUGAUUAUCAUUAUUAUUGGAGUUAUUGUUGUAAUAUUGGAAAUUAAUGGAACUGGAUUAAAUUAAUAGAAGUGAAGAAGAAAUGAGAGUUUGAAAAAUAUAAUAAGAAAAGUAGUGUCUAGAUGUGUGCUUUGAUGUAUUGAUGAUGAUGAUGAUGAUCAAGUUUUAUUUAAAUUUAUGGUGAUUGAAGUCUAAGCUUUGAAGAAGAGGUGAAGUUUAAUCUGAAGUGGUGGAAAUUUAAGAAACAGGGACGCGACUGCUGUGUACCACGUGAUCGUUGUCAAGCCGCACGCAUAAGAGCAUGCUCGUGGUGGUGUCUAGAUGGCCAUAACCUGAUUCAGUUUAAACUCACUACUUAACACGACAUAAUCUCUAUCAACAAAUGUACAUUUUUUUUAUGUACUGAGAUUGUUAUUUAUUUAUUUAUAUUUAUAUAUAUUUUUUAAAUUCUGAUUCAGUGGAUUACUGUACGUAUUAUUGUGUGUCGGAAAAAGUGAAUUUGUUUAUUUAUAUAUUAAUUAUAAAAGUGGAUUUGUGUUAUUUUUGUCCGGAAUGUGUGAAAAUUAUCAAGAGUUCAUUUUUUUUUUAUUCAAGUGAAUAAAGUGGUGGGUAAAAUUGUGGAAACGAUUUAAAAAUUAAGUUGGUGUCACUGGGAUUGUUUUUUUUUUUUUUUUUAAUGUUUUUUUUUAAAGACAUGAGUAGAGAAAUUUGUGUAAACUGAUAGUCAAAAAAUAAUUUAAAGUUAUGACGAAGAUUCAGAGGAUAGCCAACAUUUAAACAGCCACAGAAACAGUGCACAGGUGAUUUCCACGUGUGAGAAUACCAGUUGUGAUAAAUUUCACAAGUGUCAUUUAUUUUUGUGUAAUUGUCGUGAUUUUUAAUAUAUAUAUAUAUAUAUAUAUUUAUUAUUAUAUAUUAUUGUGUUUACUUAAAAAUAAGUUAUCAGUUAUAUAUUUUUUUGAGUGUUUAUUAAAAGUGAUAUUUAUUUGACUAGUUUAUGUGUGACAUCAAUACUACACUGGAUUCAAGGAUUUUUUUAUAUGGAUUUCAAUCACUUGCAUUUACUCACUGACUCUUCAGAUUAUCAAGAAAGUUUGGUGAAUACAUGAAGAAAGUAUAAUUACUUUUGAAAUCCAGUAAAUAACAAUCAUAUUGUUCGUAUGCAAGCUAAAACCGGGCGUAAGGGCGAUAGCCGAGGCCGGAGGUAUCGUCGAAGGAAGUUAUUCCCCCGGCGAAGAAAAUUAUCAUCACCAUCGGACACAAGUCAAAGCAAUAAUUAUAAUUCAUUGAAACCAGUGAUAUUGACAAGGAUUAAAGAUAAAAAAAAAAGUAUUACGUAAGAAGAGUUGAGGAUUAACUAGCAAGUGAAGGAUUAAAUUGCACGAUUCAGGUUAUUGAGAGGGUGGUGGGCCUAAAGAGCCCCAUGUUGUGAGUCCCAGAGAACUGCCAAAGGCAGAAAAAAGUGGGCCCGCUGGUAUGGAGUAUGGCGGCGCCGGUGGUGGCCGCGGGGGCGUCCAGCCACCCUCGACGGGCGCGCGCAAUAUCGCAGGCACGGAUACAACCGACGCCGCGUGGCACAAACAUGAGCAAAUGAUCCUCAUGGAGUCCUCGAGGCACAAGCAACAAUUGAGUGGCGGGAGAACGGGAACGGGCGGUGCGCCGCUAUACGGACGAUUAGUAGCUGAGGAACCGCUACCAGGAUGUGGAACGGGAGCGGGAGUUGGUGUUGCUGGAAGUGGGAUUGGGACUGGGGGUGUGCCCCAAGAGACACCCGCGGAUAUCCACGCGAUGCAAGCGAGGAUACCCCACAGGUUUCGGGACCCCGCGACUGCGCCGCUAAGAAAACUUAGUGUUGAUCUCAUUAAAACUUACAAACACAUCAACGAGGUUUACUAUGCGAAGAAAAAAAGAAGAGCGCAACAGAUGCAGGGUGAGGAUGGCUCUCAUAAAAAAGAAAGAAAGCUGUACAACGACGGUUGGGAUGAUGAUAAUCAUGAUUAUAUCAUUAAGAAUGGUGAAAAAUUCUUAGAUCGAUAUGAAAUUGAUUCAUUAAUAGGUAAAGGUAGCUUUGGCCAAGUAGUAAAAGCAUUUGACCACGAGGAACAAACCCAAGUGGCAAUAAAAAUAAUUAAGAACAAAAAACCAUUUUUAAAUCAAGCGCAAAUCGAAGUUAGGCUAUUAGAAAUGAUGAAUAGAGCGGAUACCGAUAACAAGUAUUAUAUAGUUAAACUCAAGAGGCACUUUAUGUGGCGAAAUCAUUUGUGUCUGGUAUUCGAACUACUGUCUUAUAAUCUUUAUGACCUACUUAGAAAUACGAAUUUCCGCGGAGUAUCCUUAAACCUAACGAGGAAGUUUGCUCAGCAACUGUGUACUGCCCUCUUGUUCCUGUCCACGCCGGAAUUGAAUAUCAUUCACUGUGAUCUGAAACCCGAAAAUAUUCUUCUGUGCAAUCCUAAGCGUAGUGCGAUAAAGAUUGUCGAUUUUGGAAGUUCGUGUCAACUUGGACAGCGGAUAUACCAGUACAUUCAAUCCAGGUUUUAUCGGUCGCCGGAAGUUUUACUUGGAAUCCCAUAUGACCUCGCGAUAGACAUGUGGAGUCUUGGUUGUAUUCUAGUAGAAAUGCAUACAGGCGAACCUUUGUUCAGUGGCGCCAACGAGGUUGACCAAAUGAACAAAAUAGUGGAGGUGUUAGGUAUGCCACCAAAGCAUAUACUGGACCAAGCGCACAAAGCGCGGAAGUACUUUGACAAAGUCCCAACGGACGGUUCUUACGUAUUGAAAAAGUCGAAAGACGGUAAAAAGUACAAACUUCCGGGUACAAGACGAUUACACGAUAUACUUGGGGUUGAAAACGGUGGUCCUGGUGGUAGAAGAUUAGGUGAACCUGGUCAUUCAAUAUCCGACUACCUCAAAUUCAAGGAUCUAAUUUUACGAAUGCUUGACUUUGAUCCUAAAACACGUGUCACGCCUUAUUACGCGUUGCAGCACAACUUUUUCAAACGUACAGCUGACGAAGGGACCAACACCAAUAUUGCUGCUGCAAAUAGUGCUAAUACUAGUCCAGCAGUUGUGUCCAUGAGCCAGGACAGUGGACUGGUUACCAUGUCAGGACAGGGAAGCGGUAGCACAAGCAGUUUGAUGCAAGUGCUCGGUAUGCCUGGUGGGUAUCAACCGAUGGAGUGCGAGUCUUCACCCCGUCACUCGUCAGGCCGUCGUGUAAUUACCACCGGCUAUCCAUCCUCAUCAGCCUCAAAUGAUGGACCCGCGUCCGGGCCAGCGUCCAUACAAUCAAUUGACAAUUCCCGACUACAAAGCUCUCUUGGCACUUAUAACAGCCUUAUACUACCUGGUAUGGCUCAUCUACCAGCCAUGAUGACAUCCCCAAUUAUACAACAGCAAAAUUUUUAUAACUACGGUUACACGGGCACCGACACACACGGUAUUGUACGGCAACCAGCCUCGGUGACGACCAGCAAACAACGUGAUCCUGAACGAGAAGACAGUCCGAUGGUUGGCGUAUGCGUUCAGCAAAGCCCGGUCGCCAUACACUGAAUUUAUUAUUUAUAUUCACAUUACUUUUCCUCGUAAUAAUAUAUAUAAAUAUAUAAAUAAACAAUUAUUAAUUAUAGUAACAAUAAUAAUAAUAAUUAUUAUUAAUAAUAAUAAUGACGAUGGUGAUGUGUUAAUAAUUAUUAGAAAAAAAAAUAAUACGACGACUAAUAAAAUGAAUAACAAGCAGGAAGAAACGGAAAAUAUAAAACAAGAGGAGAAGAUGUUGAUUAUUAUUAUAAAAAUAAUAAUAAUAAUGAAUUAUUAAUAUUAUAAUUAUUAUUACAAUAAUGUAAACACGACAGUCAGUUAGUCAAUGGAUUUCUUCACUGGGAUUUUUAACAAAAAGAUCCCAAUUGUCAAUACAAUAGACGGCGUGGAUCUGUACCAUGUGCUAAUACAGUAAUUUAUUACUACCAAUUAAAAAAAAUAUUUAAUGAUAACAAGAAUUCAGAAGCUUAAUAAAACCCUGUCAUGACUGAAGCAGAGGCUGCUAAUGAUGUUAAUUACUUUUUAAGUAGACGAAAAAAAAAACUUAUAAUUUUAAAAAUGUAUAUUUUUUUUGAGUUGUGUUUUUUUUUUUAUUUUUUUUAUCAACAUGACCAGCCCAUUGUCGGGCGUUAACGAUAAACCAGGGGUAAAUAAGUUUAAUGAAUUAUCAGAGCACCGUCUGUUACGACACGGCCUAUGUGAGGAUGAACCCAACUGGCCUCUCGGGCCCAGCCCGAUUAUAAUCAACCUUCUCAAGCUGAUUAGUCGGUAUACAUUAAGUAAAAAAUAUUAAGAAAUCAUUAAUUUAAAGUAAUAAAGAAUAAUUUAUAAUUUUAAAUAAUAAAUUUAAAUAAAAAAAAAAAACAAAUACUUGGCAUCCCUAAAUGUGUGGCCUAGAGAGCAAAAAAAGUGAUAAUUACUACUGCGUAUAAAUAAAUAAAUAAAUAAAUAAAAAUAUAACAAUGUAAUCAUGUACUCCAAUAGAGUUUUAUACACGACGUCACGAAUGUAAUGGAUUAGCUAAUGUAAUAGCGAAAGACAGUCGCAUUGAAUGCUAGUUAUUUGUACAAUACACUUAGGUGAAUGAUUAUUAUUAUUUUUAUUUUUAUUAUUAUUAUUAUUAUUAUUAUUAUUAUUAUUAUUAUUAUUAUUAUUAAGUAAAAAAUAAAAAUAAUAAAAAAUAACAAAAAAAAGAAGAGUGCAGCUUUAGGGAUUAGCUUUUAAGUGUGAGAAAGAUUAUAUAUUAUUAUUAUUAUUAUUAUUAUUAUUAAAUAAAUUUAAAUUCGAUUCUUUUAUUGUUUUAUUAUAAUAAAAAAAAAGAAUUACGUAAACGAAUGAGAGCGCGAGUGUAAUUGAGAUUUUAUGUGAGAAUGAAAGAAACAAAUUAAGAUAAGUGUGUGUGUGAUAUUUUUUUUUUUUUUUUGGAUAUCUUUGUAUGAAUGGCGAUGCCCUUAGCAACGCCAAGUGCGAACGUCAGUUUGUUUAUGAACAAGGACUUGAAACAAACUUGGGGUUUGCGGCUUAAACAAUACAUAUUUAUACAUAAAAAAAUAAAAUUUAAAUAAAUAAAUAUAAAUAUAAUACAUUGAUAAGAAAGUUUAAGUAUACAUAUAAACUAUUGAACAAGAAUGAUAUAAUCAUACGCGAAAACCUAGGUACAUUUAUAAUUAAUAAACAAAAUACACGUGUAUCGCAUAAAGAAUAAAGGUUUAAAAAAAAAAUAAAUGAAAAUUUCUUUUUCAACGCAUCGUCAUUGAUUUUAGCCGUUCGUCAUCGCUCCGUUUGUCAUUACUUCCGCGAUUUGAGUAGUAGAGGUAAAAAAAAGAGAGGAUUGAAAAUAAAAUUAUUAGUGUAUCGUGACUUUGAUGUUUUUAUUAUAAUAAUUAUGUGCAAUGAGAAGAAAAAAUAAAUACUUUUUUGCUUGUGUGUUGAGUUUAUAAAUAUCACGUUCAUUGAUAAAUGGAGCUUCCAUUACUGAAGCUAAUCCACGUUUACUCACUCACAAUAAAUAUGCAUAAGACUUACAUUGUUACCUGCAUCAAUGAAAAAUCCAAUCGGAUUUUUUUCUUUAAUGUUAUGAUUAAUAAAAAAAAAAAAUGACCCUGAAGUUAACAAUUUUCGGAUUUUUUUUAAUUACAAAAAAAAACAUAAAACUAAAAAUUUGCACAUGUAGAAAAUCAAAAACACAAGAGGGCAAUUUUUCAAAAUAUUUUUUUUUCGUAAUUUAUCGUUUGGAAAAAAAUUCAAAAAUUAUUUGACGUCAGCUAACUUCAGUAUCAUAGACAAAAUAACACAAGAUUGUGAAAAAAAAAUUUAAUAAUUUGAAUUAAAUUAAUUACCUUACAAAUUAAUAGAUUAGAUUUUAAUCCAAGUCCUAUUUAAUAUUUUUAUUUUUAUAAAUUAUUUUUUUCCUGCAUUUAUUACAUUAAUUUACACUUUUUUGAUAAAAAAUUUUAAUGAAAUACGAAAUCUCAUAUUUAUUAUUUUAAAAUCUUUAAUAUCAAAUCAUAUUUUUACAAUAGUUGAUUUUAAAAAAUCAAACUGAGCUUUUUUUUGUAAAAAAUUUAAUUUAUUGCAAAUACAUAAAAUUUUUUCAUUGUAAUAAAACUAAAUAAUUUUUUUUUUUUUUUUUUUUUGUUAAAAUUAAAUCAUUAAUUCAAAAAAUAUAAUUUGAAUAUUUAAAAAUUUAUUUUCUAAUUAAUUUGUAAGCAAUAUGAAACUUCCAUUAAAUCUAAUAUAUAUAUACAUGUAUAUAUAUAUAUCACGUCCGAUACACUAUAAUGUAUUUCUAGCUUAGUACCUGAUGCGAAUGAGUAAUUGUUUAAGAAUAAUUAAACAAUAAAAAUAAAUUUUUAGCAGUUGUGUUGACUAUAAUUAAUAAACGAGAAAUAAAAUAAAUAAAUAAGUAAACGAAAGUAAAUUCUAUUGUACGCGUUAUUUAUUGUUUGUAAUUUUUUUCCCUACAGCUAUACGUUUAAUUACAAAAUUAAAUAACGAAAAAAAGAAAAAAAAACAUGAAUAAUUAAUAACGCGUACAAUUAAAUUCUAAUGAAAAUGACUAUUGAAAAUUAAUUAUUUUCUUUUAUUUUUAUUUGGAAUUUUUAUAAUUUUUUUGUACAACAAUAAUGUGUAUAUAUAUGUGUGAUUGUGUGUAUUUUGUGUGAAUAAUUAAAUACUUCUGCUCGAUUUGAUUGUCAGUGCGUUAAAAAAAAAAAACUAGUGAAGAAUAAAAAUUUUUUAAAAAAAGUUUAAAAAAAAAAACGAAUCUACUCAAAUCAGUUUUACCGAUUUAACGGAUGCGAUGACUUAUUUUUGUUAUUAUUAUCAUUAUUAUUAUUAUUAUUAUAAUUAUUAUUAUUACGAUUAUUAAUUAUUAUUAUUAUUAUUAUCAAAAUUAAUUCGCUAUUUGCAGGGUAGCAAUGCUAAAUGAAUUGUUUAAAUUAUAAUUACUUUAAUUUAGUUAUUAAUUAAUUAAAGAUUGAAAAUAAAAAUUAAUUAAUUGAAAUAAAAAAAAUGUACAAGAAUAAAUAAAUAAAUAAAAAUAAACAAGUAAAUAAAGUUUCACGUAAUGAUAAAUAAAAUAAAAUAUCUGGUUAAAAAAUAAUUUAUCAAUUAAAUCAACAUAAAAAAAUCGUUAUUACGUUACAGUGAAGAUGUUAUUAACAAAAUAAUUUGUAUAUUUUUAUACAAAUCUAUAGGUCCUGCUGAUAUUUUGAUCUGCCGAUGCAAAUAAUUAUUUAAAAUAUAUUUAAUUAAUUAAUUAAUUAAUUAAUUAAUAUUUUCUGGUGAUUAUCGAUGAUAUCCAUUAGGAAUUAUUGUAACCCGUCAUGCAUGCAUUUACCUCACGUCAACACUCGUAGCUUCAGUUAAUUACGGAUGUGGAUUUGAUUUCGAAUGAGUUUAUGUUUCGACACAAUCAAUAUAAUUAUUAAAAAAAAAUAAAAUAAAAAACAAUUCAAGUAAAAUAUUUUUGACAGAAAUUUAAUCAUUAAUAAUAAUCAUAAAUAUAUACAUAUAUAUUGCAAUAUUUAUAGUUUACUAAAUCUGUCAAAUUAUCUUUUACCUCAGCAUUUAAAUACUUCUAUAAUAAUUAAAAAUUUAUCCGUCGCUUAAAUAAAUCAUGUAUACAUUUCUAUAAUUAAACAAUUAAUAUAUAUAUGCAUAUAAAAAAAAAUAAAAUGAAAACAAACCGAGUACUUACAUGAGUGUGAAUGUAGCAGACAUAACAUCAGACAAAUUUAAAGUUAUAAAUAAAUAGAGUGAAUAAUUAAAAAAAAAUUUUUAUAAAAAAUGCACUUAUUAAUUUUAAAAUUUUUUAAAUGCGCAUUUUUUAAAAAUUUAAUUUUAUUAAUUAUUUAGUCUAUUUAUUAAUAAUUUAAAAUUUGUCUGAUAUCUGCUGCAUUCACACUCAUGUACUUAUUAAUAAUCGUCGGAUAUUACGUCGUUAUUAUUAAUUCUGUACCCAAAAAUCUUAAUAUCGAUAAAGAAAAAAUAACGAAAAUAAAUUUUCUUGCGACUAAUGUAUAUGCCUAUAAAAAAAAGAGAGGGAGAGACAGAGAAAAAUAUAAACUAAAUAACACUAUAAUUAUUUUUACAUAAUAUUUGAAAGGCGAAUUUGCCUUUUCAAGAGAUGCAAUACUAGUAUCGCUGACUGAUAAACGCGUAAUUUUACAAACAAAAAAAAAAUAAACUAGAUAGAUUUAAAUUAAUGAUAAAUAU